AUCUCAUCAACCCGAAAUCGAAAUGGCAGCAACAUCCAUUUUCGCAGCGGCUCGAAUUGCAACACUAAUUGCAGCAAUAUCAUCGCUAACAAUCGCGGCGAGGAGCCACCAGCAGCAGCAGCCUUCAAUAGGGUCAUCGGCGGCGGCGAGCGUGAUGCCGCCGAAUCCAAUGGACUGCGCCAACGACAUACAGAAGGUGCCGGAUUGCAUGGACCAAAUC